AUGGAGUUGGGUGCGCCGAUGAUAGCGAUGUACCUACUCGGUAAUCCUGAUCAUUACACAUCGCAUCGCUUCCGUCCGUUCUUUUGGAGAACGUACUAUAACCCGAUUCACCAGUAUUGGACUGGACUGGAAGUCGAAGAGAAGGUCAUGGUCGUGCGGAAAAAGGGUCAUAUAGUGGGGAUAUCCGAGUCUCAGAACUAUGUGUUUAGAGGCGCAGAGCUCGCCCACUUGAAGUUGUACGACUUCAUGCUGUUAUGCGAGCGCGUGAAGAUUGCUAAAGACGGGAAGGCGGCCUCGGCAGAUGAUGCAGAAGCCGAGGACAAUGUCGGGGACGCCGGGGUAACGAUCCCUUUCGCGUCUCACACGCCACCUGACGACGCUGAAGACGCGUACGAGAAAGACAGCUGGAUCGCGUCGAGCGACGAGGAAGAAGGCGUCGAGUCCGACAGUGCAGACGAGCGCAGCGAAGACGAGCGCUCUGACGAUGGUAACAGAGACACGCAAGUACCGCGUGACGAUGGCGCUGACAAGGACGUUGUCAUGGAUGAGGUCGAUGCCAAUCCGGAAAUCAACGGCGACGGUGAUAUGGACAUAGAGAUGGACGAACCAGUUGAUGAAAUACCGGCGGUCUUCGGGUAUCCACCGAAGGAACCUUUGAAGAAGGGUUUGCACGCUUUUCUUUAUGGCCACUCGCUAGCGAGCGAUUACUGCAUGAAGAUCAGGCAGGAAGUCGAUCCGUACCUUGUCCUGAACUUCAUGCGGCUGCUUCCGAGGAGUGACAGCGAAAACCGCGACGAGUACAUCAGGGUAAUGUUGAUGCUUUUCAAGCCAUGGAGGCACGCUCGCGACCUGAAGGAGGCGGAUCAGACAUGGGAAGAGGCGUUCGCUUCUCAUCAGUUUACGAGGAGGGAGUUAGAACUCAUGAAGAACUUUAAUUUGAGAUGGGAGUGCAUUGACGGACGCGACAGUUUUCGAGAUAGCUUGAAAAGGGGCAAUUUCGAAGAUAAAGACGACCUCCCCGUUUAUGGGGACAGCGUAGAUGAAAUCACGAGGGAUGUAGACGUUAGUGAGAUUGUUGAAACAGCGUUUCCAACUGAGGACUCACUUGACGACGAUGCAAUUGUGAACAAGCACUACGCGAAGAGCUCUGACAUGUAUCACAGCAUACAAUCACUAGUCAUGCGCCAACAGUGGGGAGUCCCCCGCCCCGUGGCAGAACCUGUUGGCGAAAUUGAGAAAGGACGUCGUCGCUCUGCAAACAGCGCGCUUCGCCAGCACGCGGGGUGUAAGUCCUUCUGUCGGUAUCGCGCCGGUCAUAAGCGUUGA